UUUUCUUUUUUAUUUCAGAUUCAUUACAUUUAUCAAGCUUUUUCUCUAUUUGGCUUAUUUUCUACAUAGUCCAUGGAUUCAUUUAUUCUAAAUGAUACAAAUCACACGCAAGGGUGGAUAGGUGUUAUUAUAUCCUCAGCAGCUUGUAUAAUAGGAGCUUCUAUUGUAUUUUUAGAUAAGUUUUUUCAUGUGUCGAUUUUGGACAAUCGAGCAUUCAUGGCUUGUUCAAUGGCUUUGGCGUCUGGUGUUCUAUUAUUCUCGUCAUUAUCCAUUUUGUUUCCACAAGCACAACAAAAGUUGGGUAGCAAUAACGAUCUUUCCUUAUAUACCUAUUUCUUUGCAGGCGCUAUUUUCACUUUACUUUUGACAAAAUUGAUCCAUUAUAUGAUGCCUGAUGCCAUUCAUGCUUGUGGAAACCCUUCAGAAAGCUGUCACCAUACAACUUCUGAUGAAGAAAAUAAUAACGGUCAUCAUCAUCAUCAUCAUCACCACCAUCACCACAAGCAGCAACAGCAUUCUCCUCCUCCUCUAAACGACGAUAAUCGAAAUCAGAACUGUUUUAAUCAUGGUCAACAACACAUACAACAACGACAGCAAUCUGUUAAGGAUGAAAGACGUAAAUUAAAUGCUCAUCGUUGUGACGUCGAAUAUGGCACUAUACGAUCCAGCGAAUCACACUUCAGAUUUCAUCAUGACGACCUUGUUCAUAGCAAUACUCCUACAAAGAGUCAAAAGACACAUAGUAGUGAUCGACUUAGUUCUUUCAGUCAUCCCAGCAGCAGCUGUGAGGAUAGAGAAGCAAGACAUGAGAGCGAUAGUACUAGUACAGUGAGUGAAAGUCCAAGUUCGCAACAUCAUAAACAUCAUGAAUCUGUCGAGCAAACAGUGGAGAAAGAUCCAGGUCAUUAUUAUAGUAUCGGAAUACAAACAGCAUUUGCUAUUUGUGUGCAUAAAUUCCCAGAGGGCCUGAUAAUGUUCGUUUCGAGUCAAGCAUCAGCUAAAGUUGGACUCAACGUGAGUAUUGCUAUGUCAAUUCAUAAUUUAACGGAAGGUUUUAUGAUUGCAUUGCCAUUGUAUUACGCUACGCGUUCUCGUACAACAGCCUUCAUCGCAGCAGCUGUUAUGGGUGGAUGCAGCCAACCUUUAGGUGCCUUAAUCGGAUUAUUCCUGGUAAAGAAUAUAUCAAAAGAAAGCGAGAAUUUGUUAUUUGGCAUAGUAUUUGCAUGUGUGAGUGGCAUGAUGUCUCUUAUUACAAUUCAGAGCAUGCUACCUCAAGCCAUAAGAGCAGACACGCAUCAACGCUAUGUACUUUUAUUCUUUUUUAUUGGCAUUUUCUUGGUCGGGCUUUCUUCUAUCCUAAAAGCUCUCAACUGAUAUCCUUUAUUUGUACAUACUUUUUUUUUCUCCUUUUUCUUCACUGUUUAAACCGCACUAGUAGAUACGCAACUUGCUUUUUUACAUGAUCCGUCAAGAGACAUAUUAAAAAGUAAAAGAAAAGUACGUUUUUCCCUGAACUCAUUAUUACCAGAAGUGUACCAUAGGUAUUUAUCAAGCUCCACGGCUGCUUGAGUAGCUUAGAGAACAAUAAUCGCGGUCUGUUAUGAACAAGGUAUAAAAUAUUAUUGACAAUCCAGAAGGAUGAA